UUUUGACUGUCCCUUGAGCUCCCAUUAAACUGUCUCAGACACAAACUCCAGGCAGUAACACCUCCUGCCCUAACCUAUUGCCGGAGUAUGAUUAAAGAGUGGGAAAAUCGCUUUCAGAGAUAUAGAAGCCAGAGAGCUGCACAUCUGAAGGCCCAGGAAGGGACCACUGCUGAGGAAGAGCAAGAUAACAGAAAGCCAUCCAAGGUGCCCAGUGUCAGCUACCCCUUAGUAGCUCAAGAUUUUCCAUACCGGAAAGAGGACUUCUGUACUGCAUCACCUAUGGGGAUAUGGACGGCAUUCUACAAAUCAGACCCACGCAUUGCCCUUGGAAAAUAUUCUCCAAUGGAACAAGAGAUUCUGCAUCUCGGUGGCGUUCACACCAUAGCCACAAGAAGAUAUUUGGCUGAGCAGCAGAGGAAAGAGUGGAGGGUGCUGAGAAAAUUACAGGCACAGUCAUCAGACUACAAAAUGGCAAAAAAAUAUAGAAAAGAGUCCUCUUCUCCUUGUACUGUGUGCGGACCCCCAGAAAAGAUAUGGACAGCAAAGGUGGUCAUCCCUGCGGAGGAGUUUAAAAUGCCCCACCGAGAGGUGAUCGACAUCGACAAACAUAUAAAAAGGAUGCAGCUCGCGCGAGCCCUGAGAAACAAGCAGUUUUCUCCGUACCUCGAACGGCUCCGGAGUGCCACUUUGCUGUCUGGAGCAGAGCCGGGUACCACAGGAACAGUCAAGUCCAGGGAAGAGGGGGGCAACUAUGACAGGGAUAGCUCUGAUCAAGCCAGUCAAGAGGAGAAAGGGGAGACAGAAUUCAAACCCACAAACCCACGAGAAAUCACAAUGAACGUAAUUUUCAAGUCAGAAGAACCCAAAGGGUGUUUGGUAUGUCAUCGGAAUGAUCGGAAAACUUUCCUCCCUGUGAGGAAACAGGAGCGGCGCAUCACGGGCCUGACGAACAGAAACCUCUUCCCCAUCACUGGCUUUCCUGGAGACCUGAUGCUCAUGAACCAGGAUUUUAUAUCACGGGGAAUCCACCCGAGUGACGCCAUUAAGAUCUACUGGCUGCCAGAAGAGGAUACCCGCAAGGCACUCAAGCACAGGGCAGCUCACUGCCCCUAUUGAAGCUAGAGAGCCCAGAGCAUAA